AGAGAGCUGGCUCAAAAAUGCUUUCCUUUCUCAAGCAAAGGCCCAUGCCAACCACCAGGCUUGCUGUGAGGUGUGUGACUACAAGCUCACAUUCCAAGCAACAAGCUGCUACAAGACCACAACAAGCCAAACCAUUCAACUCAAUCCCAGGACCCAAGCCUCUGCCAUUGCUAGGGAAUCUGCUGGAGAUAUCCAAGGUUAGGAAGAGUGGUGAACCUCUUUGGGAGUUCUAUGACAGAAAAUUCAAGGAAUAUGGAGAAAUCAUGAAGAUUACUUUACCAGAUCUAGUUCCGGCAUGCCGAUGCAGGUGUUGGUCCCAUGGUGAUAGUGGCGGACCCUGAUGUACUGGAGGAGGUACUCAGAGCUGAAGGGAAAUAUCCACAGAGAGACAAGUUGUUUAGUCCAAAGGUGAAAUGGUUUUUUGACCAGCAUGGAAUACCAGCUGGGCUUGCUAAUGAGGGAGAGGGCUGGAAGAAAGGUCGCGUUGCAAUUAGCAAGCAAGCACUGCCCCGGAAUGUGAACAGCUACAUUGAGGGCCUGAACCCUAUCUAUCACACUCGAUUCUCUGACCACCUGGAUACAGCCCCAAAAUAAACCCAACCCAUACCUAGUUUCACUACAGUGAGGGAGAGGGCUGGAAGAAAGGUCGCGUUGCAAUUAGCAAGCAAGCACUGCCCCGGAAUGUGAACAGCUACAUUGAGGGCCUGAACCCUAUCUAUCACACUCGAUUCUCUGACCACCUGAGAAAGAUAAGAAGUGAAGAUGGUUUGAUUGAGGAUUUCACUCCACUCUCUCGAAAACUUACUAUGGAAGCGACUGGAAAGUUUGUGUUUGAUGCUGAUAUAUGGAUCUGUUGGUUAAUCCGAAAGAAGAAGACCUCAAAUUCCUCGAUAAGGUCGAUCAGUUUUUUGAGGCUGUCGGAAGGUUGGCGUAUGAGCUUCCUCUGUACAAGAUCUACAAGAACAAUCUGUACCACUUCUUCAUGGAUGCUGUACACGGGUGCUUGUCACAUGGUCACAAGCACGCCAACAGGUUGCAGGAGAAGCUGGAGAGAGGUGAGAGCAGUGAAGUACAGGGGAUGCUGGAGCAAUGGCUGAGAGAGAAGAAGAUUACCACUGAGGAAGCUGUGGCAAUGUCAUCAGGAAUGAUCACUUCUGGUGUCCACACGACUGCUUAUCAGACAGUAUUCCUCCUGUUUGAGUUGGCUAAGAACCCCGAGGUCCAGGAGCGGCUCUACCAGGAGAUACAGAGUGUGAUGGGGGAGAGACCUCCCACAGCUCAGGACCUAGAGGCAAUGCCGUACCUCAGAGGAUGCAUCAAGGAGAGCUUCAGAGUCAGGACAGUUGGACACAGUGUCCUCCGUGUUCUGAAUGAGGAUGCCGUCAUCCAUGGUUACCAUGUACCUGCUGGGGUGACUUUUCUCUACUCGAGUUACACGGCCUCCAAUAAUAACAAAAUGUUUGAUGAGCCAUCAAAGUUCAAGCCAGAGAGGUGGAUGAGAAAGGAUGGACCACAGCAGCAUCCCUUCUCACUGAUGCCAUUCGGUUUUGGACCCAGAUGGGAAAAGAUUUGCUGAAUUGGAAUUGAAACUAUUGCUGAUUGAAUUGGCUCGUAACUUCACUCUAAAGACAAGCAAGGAGGAUCUGAAGAUGAUUGACAACGUGGCUGUGACAGUGGAUGAGGACGUUCCCCUUUAUUUUACAGACAGAAAUUAGCAGGGACUCUUGUCGGUUUAAGGCCUCUGUUAUUACUCUGCGUGUGGUGAUGAAAAUGUGGUUAUGCAAAACUUAAUGUAAUGAUCUUUACCGCCCGGCCAAAAAUGGACAUUGCUUUUAUUCUCGGCGCUUUAGUCAAUUUCUCAGGCCCUCACGCUUGGAAUGUGGCAGCUUUCCAAAAAGAGCCCAAUGUGGAGGCACUAAAAGAAGAUUACUACAUGUAAAACUACAUGCAUGUAUGUAGAUCUAUAACCUUGUCCUUCGAAAGCCUCAUUCAAAUGCGUAUAGAAACACAUGCAGGUUGAUAGUUAAAUAGGGGAUCGAGUGUCUGCAUAAAAAAAGAGGUGUAAUGAGAAGUAGUGCAGGACCCAACUGUUAAAGAUAGCACAGAUUGAGCCCCACCCCCAGCUAGUUGGAGCAUGCAAAGACUUACCAACCCACCAUCUGUUUGUUACUUCAGUGCACAUGCUCUUUCGAGCAUUGCAACAUUAAUUUUUGUGAAAAAUACAGUUCCGCUUAUUGAGAAAAUCAGGGGUGUGUUUUCAAUUAGAUCUAACUAUAAUUGCCUCAUUCGGACAUUCCGCUGACUUUGGCCUAAUCACCUAUGCUAAAAUUAUAAUGCUGUCUUUUCUCAAGCAAAGGCUCCCAACCACCAGGCUUGCUGUGAGGUGUGUGACUACAAGCUCACAUUCCAAGCAACAAGCUGCUAUAAGACCACAACAAGCCAAACCAUUCAACUCAAUCCCAGGACCCAAGCCUCUGCCAUUACUGGGGAAUCUGCUGGAGAUAUCCAAGGUUAGGAAGAGUGGUGAACCUUUCUGGGAGUUUUAUGACAGAGGAUUUAAGAAGUUUGGAGAAAUUAUGAAGAUUACUUUACCAGGUGUUGGUCCCAUGGUGAUAGUGGCGGACCCUGAUGUACUGGAGGAGGUACUCAGAGCUGAAGGGAAAUAUCCACAGAGAGACAAGUUGUUUAGUCCUAAGAUGAAAUGGUUCAGUGACCAGCAUGGAAUACCAGCUACGUUUUCUAAUGAGGGAGAAGACUGGAAGAGAGAUCGCGCUGCAGUCAGCAAGCAAGCACUGCCCCGGAAUGUGAACAGCUACAUUGAGGGCCUGAACCCUAUCUACACUCGAUUCUCUGACCACCUGAGAAAGAUAAGAAGUGAAGAUGAUUUGAUUGAGGAUUUCACUCCACUCUCUCGAAAACUUACAAUGGAAGCGACUGGGAAGUUUGUGUUUGAUGCUGAUCUUGAUCUGUUGGUUAAUCCAAAAGAAGAAGACCUCAAAUUCCUCGAUAAGGUCAAUCAGUUUUUCGAGGGUGUAGGAAGGUUGGCGUAUGAGCUGCCUCUGUACAAGAUCUACAAGAAUAAUCUGUACCACUUCUACUUGGAUGCUUUACGCGGGUGCUUGUCACAUGGUGGCAAGUACGCCAACAGGUUACAGGAGAAGCUGGAGAGAGGUGAGAGCAGUGAAGUACAGGGGAUGCUGGAGCAAUGACUGAGAGAGAAGAAGAUUACCACUGAAGAAGCUGUGGUAAUGUCAUCAGCAAUGCUCACUGCUGGGGUUCACACGACUGCCUAUCAGUCCACGUUCCUCCUGUUUGAGUUGGCAAAGAACCCUGAGGUCCAGGAGCGGCUCUACCAGGAGAUACAGAGUGUGGUGGGGGAGCGACCUCCCACAGCUCAGGACCUAGAGGCAAUGCCGUACCUCGGAGGAUGCAUCAAGGAGAGCCUGAGAGUCAGGACAGUUACUAAUCUCCUCGCCCGUGUUCUGAAAAAGGAUGCCGUCAUCCAUGGUUACUAUGUGCCUGCCGGGGUGAGUCAAUUAAAGCUUGCUAAUAAUUAUUCCAUUCUUCUAACAUGUACACGUGACUUUGUUUUCCUCAAUUUACACGGCUGCAAGGCACGAACAAAUAUUUGAUGAGCCAUCAAAGUUCAAGCCAGAGAGGUGGAUGAGAAAGGAUGGACCACAGCAGCAUCCCUUCUCACUACUGCCAUUUGGGUUUGGACCCAGACAAUGCUAUGGGAAAGAUUUGCUGUAUUGGAAAUAAAACUACUGCUGGUUGAAAUGGCUCGUAACUUCACUCUAAAGACAAGCAAGGACGACCUGAAGAUGAUUGACAACGUGUCUGUGACAGUGGAUGAGGACGUUCCCCUCUAUUUUACGGACAGAAAAUAGCUAUAAUUAAUGUCGUUUGAAUUCUUUAGCCUGAGUUAUUGCUCUGCAUGUGUGUUAGCUACGUAUACAGUGAUUCAGUUUGUUAAGGCCUAUAUACUCAUAAAUUAUUUUUGUGCCGCAUGCAUGGACCUACUCUCGGUAGUGGGAGAGAUAAAAUUUUUUUUACCUCA